AUGCCAACACCCUCUUCCCAUGCUUUCACCUACGAUGUCUUCCUCAGCUUUAGAGGGGAAGACACCCGCUAUGGUUUCACUGGCAAUCUCUACAAAGCUCUUAGUAACAAGGGAAUUCACACUUUUAUUGAUGAUGAGAAGCUUCAAAGCGGAGAGGAAAUAACAGCAGCACUUGUGAAGGCAAUUGAAGAGUCUAGAAUUGCAAUCGUUGUGCUCUCUAACAACUAUGCUUCAUCCUCAUUUUGCUUAGAUGAACUUGCAGUCAUCCUUGACUGCAAGAGUAAAGGGCUGUUGGUUAUACCGGUCUUUUAUAAGGUGGAUCCUUCUCAUGUGAGACACCAGAAAGGUAGUUAUGGAGAAGCCUUGGUUAAGCAUCAGAAAAGGUUCAAAGCUGAGAAGGAGAAGUUGCAGAAAUGGAAGAUGGCUUUGCGUCAAGUAGCUGAUUUCUCUGGCUAUCAUUUCAUAGAUGGAGAUGAAUAUGAAUACAAGUUUAUUGCGAGGAUUGUUGAGCGGGUCUCCAGGGAGAUUAAUCGUGCGCCUCUAUAUGUUGCGGAUUACCCAGUUGGCCUAGUGUCACAAGUGCUAGAAGUCAAGAAACUUUUGGAUGUUGGAUCUGAUGAUGUUGUCCACAUGAUAGGGAUCCAUGGAAUGGGUGGGAUAGGAAAAACAACACUUGCUCUAGCCGUGUAUAAUUUGAUUGCUGAUGAUUUUGAUGGUUCAUGUUUUCUUCAAAAUGUAAGAGAAGAAUCGAAUAAACAUGGAAUGAAACACCUCCAGAGCAUCCUUCUUUCAGAAAUACUUGGAGAAAAGGACAUCAACUUAGCAAGUGUGCAACGAGGAAUUUCAGUGAUACAACAGAGGCUCCAGCGGAAAAAAGUUCUCUUGAUUCUAGAUGAUGUUGACAAGCGCAAACAAUUACAAGCACUUGUUGGAAGAUCUGAUUGGUUUGGUUCCGGAAGCAGAGUUAUCAUUACCACUCGGGACUGGCAACUGCUAAAAUCUCAUGAGGUUAAAAGAACCUAUGAGGUGGAGGAAAUGAACAAGAAUGAUGCUCUUCAAUUGCUUAUAUGGAAUGCUUUCAAAGGGGAAAAAGUUGAUCCAAGUUACCAACACGUCUUGAAACGUGUAGUAACUUACGCUUCUGGCCUUCCCUUGGCUUUAGAAGUAAUAGGUUCCAACUUGGUUGGAAAAAGUUUAGAAGAAUGGGAAUCUGCUAUUGAACAUUACAAAAGAAUUCCUAAUGACGAAGUCCUAGAUAUACUUAAAGUAAGCUUUGAUGCUCUGGGCGAAGAAGAAAAAAAUGUUUUUCUUGACAUCGCUUGUUGCUUGAAAGGAUGUGAUUUGACAGAAGUUGAACUUAUACUUCGUGCUCUUUAUGAUAACAACAUGAAACAUCAUAUUGGGGUGUUGGUCGAAAAAUCUCUCAUAAAGAUUUGGCCUGGUAUGCGUAGUGUAGUUGAAAUGCAUGACUUGAUACAAGAUAUGGGUAGACAAAUUGACCAGCAAGAAUCACCCAAAGAACUAGGGAAGCGCAUGAGGUUAUGGUUAUCGAAAGAUAUAAUUCAAGUUUUGAAAGACAACACGGGAACUAGCAAAAUUGAAAUCAUAUGUCUGGAUUUGUCUAUAUGCGAGAAAGAAGAAACACUAGAAUGGAAUGGAAACGCCUUCAAAAAGAUGAAAAACCUUAAAAUACUUAUUAUAAGAAAUGGUAAAUUUUCCAAAGCUCCCAAUUAUUUUCCAGAAAGUUUGAGAGUACUGGAAUGGCAUGGAUACCCUUCAAAUUGUUUACCAUCAAAUUUCCAUCCAAACAAACUCGUCAUCUGCAAGUUAACUGACAGUAGCUUUAGGUCAUUUGGGUUCCAUGGCUCAUCGAAGAAAUUCGAGAAUCUAACUGUUAUGAAUUUCGACCAGUGCAAUUUUUUAACACAAAUACCUGAUAUGUCUGAUCUCCCAAAUUUGGAGGAAGUUUCAUUUAAAAAUUGUGAGAGUUUAAUUGAAGUACAUGACUCAAUUGGUUUUAUGACUAAACUUAAAACAUUGAGUGCGGAAGGUUGCACCAAGCUUAUGAGUUUUCCACCUCUCAACUUGACCUCUCUUGAAAGACUAGAACUUUCAUAUUGUUCCAGUCUUGAGAAUUUUCCAGAAAUAUUAGGAAAGAUGGGAAACAUAAGAGUACUUGAAUUGGAGGAGCUUCCCAUAAAAGAAUUGCCAGUUUCAUUUCAAAAUCUUAUCGGACUCGAAGAUUUACAUCUGUCAUGUGAAAUUAUUCACUUACCAAGUAGCAUUGCCUCGAUGCCUGAAUUGUGUGAUUUUAGUGUUACUAAUUGCAAAGGGUGGCAAUGGGUAAAAUCAGAAGAGGGUGAAGAUAAAGUAGGUUCAAUGGUUUCUUCAAAUGUAGAUUGGUUUUCGGCCUUGUCUUGCAACCUGGAUGAUAACUUUUUUUCAGCAGGGUUCAUGCAGUUGGCACAAGUGCGUAGUUUAUUUCUACGGGAAAAUAACUUCACAUUCCUUCCUGAAUGCAUCAAAGAAUUUCACAACCUCUACACUCUUGAUGUGAGUCAUUGCAAGCAUCUUCAAGAAAUUAGAGGGUUUCCACCAAAAUUAAGACGUUUCAAGGCAAUAAACUGUAUAUCCUUGACUUCCUCGAGUUCAAGCAUGCUGCUAAAUAAGCAAUUGCACGAGGCUCGAGAAACUGAGUUUUGGUUUCCAGGAACAAGUAUUCCGGAGUGGUUUGAUCACCGAAGUAGUGGACCUUCUUGUCGUUUCUGGUUUCGUAAUAAGUUUUCUGCUAAGGUUCUUUCUCUUCUAAUUGCACCUGUGGGAGAUAAACAUGGCUUUGAUUUGAUUAGACCUAUGGUGUUCAUUGAUGGUAAAGCUCAAGAAUCACCAUUUUUUCGUUACAGGAAAAUAGUGAGGAUGUUUGAAUUGGAUCAAACAUACCUCUUUGAUCUAGAAGUACAUGUCUAUAGUAAUUUGUUUAAACUACCAUUAGAGAAGGAGUGGAAGCAUGUGGAGAUCACAUAUGAAGGUGUGAUAGAGACCUCAAUUGUUAAAGCAACUGGAAUCCAUGUAUUCAAAGAGGAAAGCAGCAACAUGGAGGACAUUAGGUUUGAUAAUCCUUAUAGCAACAAAGAAGUAGUCAAAGAUCUCAACAGUUCUGAAUCACAAAACUACUCCUUGUUAAAAAGCAUAGGUUUGUGCAGUUGCAAACUUUUCAUAGGUUUUUUUCUUUUGUUUUCAUGCUUUUAUUUUUUUUAUUUUAUUCACUAG